AUUAUGUACUAUAUUUUUAACAGUUCAGGUUUCCAGUUCAGUGACUGAAAAAUCUUUCCUGCAAAUCUAGAGUCCAUCCCUUAAUCCUAACGGCUAAUCCGUUUGAAAAUGUCGACAAUAUUUCUUCAUCCUCCUACAAUUAAGAGAUUUCGACAGUCAGAUUUCCUUAGUAUGUUGUUGCGCUUAAAAACUCUUCAUUUCUUCAGUUGUUGUUAUCAAUGUUAUAUCAAGAUUUGUAGCUUUUAGAAUAGACUUCUUAUCUUCAUAAGCAACUUAACUAGUAAUGACUUUAAAUAGAGUUUAAAUAAGCAGGAUUAGUCAUAGAAAUUUAAUAUAUAAAAGUUAUCAGCCUUAAUUAAGAAUAAUACAGUUCUGAUUCAUAAGUUCUCAUCAAGUGCUCAAGUAUUAGUAAGACUUUAGAUAUUUUAAUACUAAACAAUAAUAUUUCGUGAUGUUUUUUGACUGGCCUUUUUAUGUCUUCACUGGAGUCUUUGCAUUUCUUGGAAUUAUUGUUCCUAUAUUUACUCCAAAAGGUCCAAACAGAGGAAUCAUAAGAUGUUGUCUUAUUCUGUCUUCAAUUUGUUGCUGGUUGUUCUGGCUUUGCUGUUAUCUGGCACAAAUCGGACCCUUAAUUGGACCAAAACUUCAUAGAUCGACAAUGCUAAUAAUGGCAAGAGAGUGGGGAAACAAUCUAAACGCAACAACACAAAUCUUUUAAAGUUGAUGGAACGAAUAUCAAUAAUCAAUGUGAUGACUAUAUAUCAAGAUCUGAAUUAGUGCUUCCUACUGAUUUAUAUAAAAUUAAAAUUUAUUCAAUCUUUUUCAAUAAAUAAAACUAUUUUUGCCUUAAUUUAAACUGGAU